UUCCAAGAUGGUUCACUUACAUAUAGUUUCCGGGUUUCACCAUCUUAGUGGAACUCUAAGAUGGCGGCGGUGACGACAAUGCGGCGCUGCUUCAGGACCCUGAGACAUCUGCCCCAGUUGUCGUCCCGCCGCUGCAGACCGUGUCCCAGGCUCUGGACAUCUGGACCUGAUCAUGUCCUCCAUCACCCUUCAGCUUUCAGCUCACAGCAAUGGAGAGGAUUCAGACAAAGCAGUGUGGCUUCUGGACAAGUUCUUCAGUUCAAGUUGUCGGACAUCGGCGAGGGUAUCAUGGAGGUGACGGUCAAAGAGUGGUAUGUGAAGGAGGGUGAUAAGGUUUCCCAGUUUGACAGCAUCUGUGAGGUGCAAAGCGACAAAGCCUCCGUCACUAUUACUAGCCGAUAUGAUGGAAUCAUAAGGAAGCUUCACUACGACGUGGACGCAGUCGCCUUUGUCGGAUCGCCUCUCGUAGACAUUGAGACAGACGGGCCACAAGAUGGCGGUCAUGAGGAGGACGUUGUUGAGACACCUGCAGUGUCUCAUGAACACACACACCAAGAGAUUAAAGGACAUAAAACUCUGGCUACACCUGCAGUGCGACGUCUUGCCAUGGAGAACAAUGUUAAGCUGAGUGAGGUGGUGGGGACAGGGAGGGACAGUCGUAUCCUAAAGGAGGACAUCCUCAACUUCUUGGCCAAGCAGACGGGUGCUAUCCUUCCUUACGAUGACGUGAAGGUGCCGUCGGUGCCAGCUGCUCCUGCCAAGGCCGAGAAACCAGCCCCGAGUCCUACACCCACCGUCCCCCGACCCGUCUUUACUGGGAAGGACAGGACAGAGCCACUCAAUGGUUUUCAGAAGGCCAUGGUGAAGACAAUGACGGCUGCCUUGAAGAUCCCUCACUUCGGUUACUGUGAUGAGGUGGACCUCACUGAGCUGGUGCGAUUACGCUCAGAACUGAAAGGUCUGGCUGAAUCUCAGGGAGUCAAACUUAGCUACAUGCCAUUCUUCAUUAAGGCUGCGUCUCUCAGCCUGCUGCAGUUCCCCAUCCUCAACGCCUCAGUCGAUGAAGACUGUCAGAACAUCACGUACAAGGCAUCCCAUAACAUCGGUCUUGCCAUGGACACUGUGCAGGGUCUGCUGGUGCCCAAGGUGAAAGACGUGCAAGCUCUGAGUGUGUUUGAAAUCGCAGCUGAGCUGAACCGACUGCAGGCGCUGGGCUCGGGUGGGCAGCUGGGCACGGCCGACCUGACGGGGGGCACGUUCACCCUCUCCAACAUCGGCACGAUCGGAGGGACCUACACCAAGCCGGUGAUCGUGCCUCCGGAGGUGGCCAUCGGAGCGUUGGGAAAGAUCCAGAUCCUGCCGAGGUUUGACGCCGGUGGCGAGCUGGUCAAAGCCCAUGUGAUGAGCGUGAGCUGGUCGGCUGAUCAUCGCAUCAUCGAUGGUGCCACCAUGUCCCGCUUCUCCAACCUGUGGCGCUCGUACCUGGAACGACCCGCCUCCAUGCUGCUAGACCUCAAAUGAGACACGUUCACUCUGUGGGGUCCUUAAAAAACUGGCGUUUCAUCACUACACUGUGCCUUCUAACAGUUACUCACAAAAAAAAGUGACAAUCUUGAUCUUUAACCUUUGAUUGAACUUGGAAGUAUGUGUGCAUAUUUUAAUAAAAUUACAGUUGUUGUGUCAUAGAUAAGUUUGAUUUCUGAUCCUCUAG